AGUAUACGGCAGGCUUUCGAGAAGGUAGGACGUGUCUGCGUGUGUGUAGUAACAGGUGGUCGUAGUCGGCACUUCUCUUCCUAACGAGUUUUAUUGAAGAGUGGUGACGUCAUUCUGCAGAGCAGAUGAGAGACAACGGAACGAACAUCUGGCAGAAUUAAAGGAAAUCCUCAAGAAAACACCUCAGGAAUUCUGGAUUCCUCUUGCUAUGACAGUAUCGGUGACGAAGUUUCAACUGUUUACGUUCGGUGUUGUUGUCUAAAUUAUAUCUCAAAGCGUUCCUGGUUCAAACACAUCUCUUAUUCGAAAUAAAAGUGAAUAAAUGUGUUAAGUGUAAUUAACAGAAAAAUUCUGCAUAGAGUAAUCACUGUGAGAACUCAGAACAGCAGUCACAUAGUUUGCUGAGGUUGUACCGUUGCGAAAACUAUAUCCCCAUUGACGGAUAGACCGAUGCUCGAGCAGCUAAGUACAAAUCAAAUAAAAAAAGUACAGGCCUAAAUUAAAUAUUCAGACCUGUCCUGAUAGCUAAAUUACACAAACUGAGUGCAACAAGGCAGUAAAAACCACAACGAUGGCUUUAAUUAAAGGGAAUGCAAACAUGUGGACAAUUAGCGCCCUUUGUUGCGCAGUGAUGUUAUCGAUGCACUUCGGUGCUACGCAAGGCGAGAAAACAUCGCUGUCCUUCGACCCCACGGAGCUGAAACAUUUGGUAGAUGGCACACACCAUGCGUUCAUUUGGUCAACGAAUCUUACGGGUGUAGCCAGCGUGAAUGCCACUGUUCAGGAUGAGAUGGUGCUAGAAAUUACCUCAGUUGGGGAUGUGAUCGAGGAUAAAGAAAACGGGACUUUUUAUGGCCAAAUCAACUUCACUGCUUUGUUCAUCGGAUACAGCAACAUUACAGUCACGCUGUAUGAUGCAAAGGGCUAUAUGUUAGCCGAGGAGAUGUUCCCAGCAUCCGUCAUCUUGUCCUACCAGAAUCUGAGCGACAUCUUCUCUCAGAUCAUCAGGAUCCUGGUGGCCAUAUCCUACGUCAACAUGGGCGCUGCCAUGGAUUUCUCCGUGGUGAAGGAUAUUAUCAAGAGGCCUGUUGGGCCUAUUAUAGGAAUGAUUUGUCAGUACUUGUUCAUGCCUCUGAUCUCCUUCGCCCUGGGCAAGCUGGUCUUCCCAGACAAUCCGAUGGCGCAGCUGGGGAUGUUCCUGAGCGGCUGCUCCCCUGGGGGAGGGGUCUCCAACAUGUGGACUCACCUCUUGGGCGGGUCCCUCGAUCUAUCCGUCAUGAUGACCUUCGUCUCGAAUAUCUUCGCCUUCGGAACUCUUCCCCUGUGGAUCUACCUGAUGGCCCCUCUGAUCAUCGGCGACAAGGACUUCGUCAUUCCGUUCAAAGACAUCGGUCUAAUUCUCGCGUUCCUGGCUAUUCCCUGCCUCAUAGGUAUGGCUUGCAAGAUGUUCCUGCCGAGAUUUGCUCGUUUCUUGGAGAGAACGUUGGCGGCCAUUUCCAUCUUCAACAUCCUCUUCACCUUCACUUUCGGAGUCUACUCGAAUCUAUACAUCUUCUCCUUCUUCACGUUCAAGACUCUGCUCAUCGGCUUCCUGUCUCCGUUCCUCGGUUACUUGAGCGGGAUGCUUCUGGCGAAGCUCUGUUGCCAGUCGUGGGCGGACACCAUCGCCAUCAGCAUAGAAACAGGAGUGCAAAACAACGCGGUGGCUUACAUCAUCCUCAAGCUGUCCUUCGAGAAGCCUGCAGGAGACAUAACUGCAGUGUUUCCUUGCGCUGCAAUCAUUAUGUCCCCAAUUCCUCUGCUGGUGGCGUAUAUCAUCAAGAAAUCCUACGGGUUCCUUGCUCAGUCCAAAUCGCAGGAUAUCACAGAUGCCAAAACUGAGAAGUCUGUGACCAACGGAAGCAUAAGCAAGGCCUCUGAAAAGUCAAGAAAUCAGUCUUCUCCUGAUGAGCUCACAGCUUCGGGGGAGACAGGGGGCGCGGAUAACCCGGCUGCCGAUCUGAAGGACGAUGUCGUUUGAGUAGGGCCCUUUCUCGGUGGUCUUGCCUUUGCCCUACGGGCGUCUGCUCUUCAGGGGAGACUUCUAUUUAGCUGAGCCCUCUUGUUCCAGUACCGUGACUAUAGUUUUAUAUUACGUCGAUCGAUUUGUUGAUCAGUCCUGAAUUAGGUUACAUGAAAUCAAGCACUAAAAUAAACGAAAUAUGGAGUAAAAGGAUGUUACACGUAAAUACCAUUUGUAAUUUUAAUUUUGCGUCUGUGAAGAAAAGCGCCGGUAACUUGAGUGUAAGGUUUGAAGUCACAAUCCUGAAAUAUACCAGGAAAUUGUUCAUUUAAACAACAUGACUUUCAUGUGAUUAUUUUCCUCAACAAACUCCCGUGUCUCGUUGCAGCAGACACUGUACUAUGUAAGAAAUAAAUGUUAUUCUUAUUUGUACGUACACAAAACUUCAUCACCGAAGUUAUCUAAAGAAAACGGGUACCAUAAAAGUAUCAUAGAGAAUGGAACUUAUAUUAUCGGUGACUAUUAUAUUGUGAAGAAAUGAUGUUAGCCUUUCACUUUUUGUUAAACUGUAACAGUAAUCAGUUCCGUAAAGCAUUGGAUGGCUCCAGAAAAAAAAAUGGCACUACUCGCUGCCUUAAUCAACUUCCAAUUGUUGAGUUAAUGGUGAACCUGCUAAGCUAGGUAGGUAUUAGCUAAGCCUAAGCCUAGGUAACUAGGAAAGGUUCACAAGAAGAAUCUGUAUCGGCUGGUACAAAAUCAUAAGAUGGGAAUAACUAGCGUCGGAAGCUACGCUUAAUGAUAUUAAGUAAGUUACUAUCAUUAUACAUCUUCUAAUCAGCUACCAUACCUGUGGAAGAAGGGCUGUGACAUUUUGGUCAAUUUAGCAUGGUGAAUAGGCUACCAUUGUUGGUGCUGGAACUGAACGCUUCCAGGUGAAGUCACGCUCAUUUCACUGUUUUGUUACCGUAAUGACAAAUUUUUCUUAAUUUCUAAUAACCCACCAAGUCAAAGGAACACUUAUUCCUCCUAAUUUGAGAAGUUCACGACCUAAUAAAACUUUCUUUGGAGGUAAACUGAAUCGUUCGUAAUGGUACUACUUGUCAACAAACCAAAACAACUUCAGGUUCAGAACUUCAGAGUCCAGACUCUACCAUAAAUGAGCUCGAGUCGAGCUAAAUUCUCUGUAACGGCACCUCGUAUUUCUUGCAUGACAUUCUUUAACAUUGUGCUAUGGUUAUUUUCUUCUUCGCGUAAUAUAUUCCUAUUAUUCUCUACGAUUCCUAAUUCUCUUCGUCAUUCUUAUUCUCUUUGUUAUGCUGGAACAUAACUAUUUUCUAAAUGCGCUGUAACAACGAAAUAUUAAACAGAGCAUUCAAGUAGAGCUUUCUCUGUGGAGCAUUACUUGGGUAAAAAAAUAUUUAUAAAUGAAUGAAAUCACCAUUUUCACUUAAUGUGAUAUACUUGGAUAAGCGGAUUUUCGAAAACCUUUUUAUUUUCAUAUUCCUCUGCGGCUCUGCCUUAUUACGACUUUUAUUCCUAUUUUUGUCUUCUUUUUGUUUCUCUCGCUCUUAUUCAGGUCUUUUUUUCGACUGAACUUUUUGACAACAGCUGCUUUUAAUGCCUCUUUGUUAAAUGUUAGCUAUUUAUCAACUCUUACGCCAUUAGGCUUAAAUACUCUACGAACGAAUACUUUAAAUUCCCUUCUCUUUUUAGGCCCAUGUUGUCUUACAUGGUUAGGUUAGGAUUAUAUACAAUUCUAUUUGUGCUUUUGUUGCUGUAACAUUAGGCUGGCCUUGUGCCAGCACUGGCUCUUGAACGACCUCUUUUGUCUGUAGAGACAGAGUCAGGGAGGACUGCGCGCAGAGAAGCGAAGGUGAAAAAGAUUAAUUUUGAGAAGCCUUAAUUUAUAUGCGCACACCGAAAGCACUCAUUCUCGAUGGAACCAUUUAUUAAUUCAAUUAUUAAUUUUCCCCUUGGCAAGGGUAUGUUGACCAUGAACCAUACCCACUGGUAAGAGGAAAAGCGUCAAGCAUUCUGAACACAAUGUAUAGGCCUACCUGUGAUAGCCGCCAUGUUGGUUUGAUCUGACACGUAGACCAACCCUAGUAGGUUAUGGAUAACGAUUUUGUAACUUUAUUAAGUACACUGCUAUUAUCAGCUUGUUGCUAUAGUAAAAAUUCAUCCACUGUAUUUAUUAUCCACCACUGUAAAAUUCGUAAAUUUAAUAAGUUUGUCAAACAACUGCCUCUUAUUUAACCAAUAGUCUUUCUUUUGUUAGGACCAGUUCGAUGAUUGGUUGUGAAACAAACAACAAUAAAAUUAUUUUUAUGAAGAUGAAUCCUUGACCUUUGUGUGAGUGCGUGUGUGUGUGUGCGUGCAGCUCGGUCUUUUCGGCUGGAUCGGAUGGUUGUUAUUGGCCCUCUUCCAAAAGAACGGCCUUCAUUUUGUGGACUUUGACCUCAAAAAA